AUGCGGUGCGCGCAGUAUAACACGGAGCAGUUCCCAGAGAAUGUUCCCCAGAUGGCCUACAUGUUUGGGGUAACUCAAAACGUCGACGAUGUCAUUAACAACCCCAUGACUCCAACAACCCUGUGCGGCCCCGUCGGGUUAGAAACCCAAAUGCACCGUGCUCUGCUCGUCAAUGUUUGUUCUGGGUAA